GCGCGCCCAGCCUGGGAAGCCGCAGGCUCCGCGUUCAGUGACCACAGGCUGGUUAUUGUAGGUAGCUGGUGGGGCCCUUGCGUGGCCCAUGGAUGGGAGAGUGGAGAUGGAGAUGUUGAGGACCUUGAAGGGCGCUGCUGCUGGGGAGGUCAGCGUCCACCUGGUUGCCAACGACAGCACUGGCCACCUACCAGCCACCACCUUCAUCAUCCCAGCCAACACCACAACCAUCAGCCUCCCCACCAACACCUUAGAGAUCCCACGGUUCCCCAGAGAGUCCACACGUGCAGGAGGCUCAGAGCGGGUCCCAGGCAGCGAGCCUGUCACAGCCACAGUCCUCCCCCAACUCAGUUCAGGGCAGGCUGGCAACACUGUCCGAGUGCUGGAGUGGAAGGAUGGGGCAACCUCCCUCCCUGGGAGCAACCUACGGCUGCGGAUCAGUGACUACGGGACACUGAAGGUGGUGGGCACAGACAAAAUAACCUCCCCAGAGCUGCUCCGGGAAGACUCGGACCCAGACAGAGCCCCUCAGGGCCCAGUGGGUGGUGGUGAUGCUGCCUCCCAGAUACAGGAAUGCCCUCAGGGGCGCCAAGAUGAGGAAACUUUGGGCCAUUGCCACAUGUGUGGGCGUCAGAAUGUAUCAGGGCAAAUCAGGGGUUUCUGCAGUGAGCAAUGCCAUCGACAAUUCAAAGAACGGUCUGUGAUUGUGGAGAACUCGGGGGGCAGCACCAAUACAUCUGAGCUCCUGAAGCCUGUGAAGAAGAGGAAGAGGAAGGAGUACCAGAGCCCUUCCGAGGAGGAAUCCGAGUCUGAACCUCUGAGACUUCAUCCUAGAAACUGGGAAGAGGCUUAUCUUCCACAGGAGAAACAAGAAGAACGGAAGAGCCUAGAUGCCGAGCCCACUGCUGACACCCCUGAAAGCGAGGAAUGGAGUAGCCAGCCUGGACCUGGUGAGGAGAAGAAAGAUGGGUGGUCGUGGGCUGUGUACCUGGAGGAGCAGAAGGCCAUCGCUGCGCCGCUGGAUCUCUUCCAUGAUUGCCAGGCUUUCCCUCAGAACAAGAAUGGCUUCAAACUGGGCAUGAAGCUGGAAGGAAUUGACCCUCAGCACCCAUCCAUGUAUUUCAUCCUCACAGUGGUGGAGGUUUGUGGAUACCGAAUGCGUCUGCACUUUGAUGGCUACUCUGAGUGCCAUGACUUCUGGCUCAAUGCGGAUUCCCCCAACAUCCACCCUGCUGGCUGGUUUGAGAAGACUGGACACAGACUACAGCCCCCCAAAGGUUACAAGGAGGAGGAGUUCAGCUGGAGCAACUACCUCCGAAGCACUAAGGCCCAGGCUGCCCCCAAGCACCUGUUUUCCAGCCCUAGCAACAGCUCAGUGCCCACAGGCUUCCAGGUGGGCAUGAAGCUGGAGGCUGUGGACCGCAUGAACCCCUCCCUCAUCUGCGUGGCCAGUGUCACCGACGUGGUGAACGGGCGUUUCUUGGUGCACUUUGACAACUGGGACGACACUUACGAUUACUGGUGUGACCCCAGCAGUCCUUACAUCCACCCUGUUGGCUGGUGCCAGAAGCAAGGAAAACCCCUCACACCUCCACAAGAUUAUCCAGAUCCUGAUAGUUUCUGCUGGGAAAAGUACCUAGAAGAGACUGGAGCCUCUGCUGUCCCUUCCUGGGCCUUCAAAGUGCGACCACCCCAUGGCUUCCUCAUCAACAUGAAGCUUGAAGCCGUGGAUCGAAGAAGUCCAGCUCUGAUCCGAGUGGCCAGCGUGGAGGACGUAGAAGACCAUAGGAUAAAGCUCCACUUUGAUGGCUGGAGUCACGCCUACGACUUUUGGAUUGAUUCCGACCAUCCUGACAUACACCCUGUGGGCUGGUGCUCCAAGACUGGCCAUCCCUUACAGCCCCCACUCAGACCCAGAGAACCCAGCUCUUCCUCUCCUGGGGGCUGCCCCCCACUCAGCUGUAAGAGCCCACCCCACGUUAAGACCUCCAAGUACAGUUUUCACCACAGGAAGUGCCCCACGCCCGGCUGUGACGGCUCUGGCCACGUCACCGGAAAGUUCACAGCCCAUCAUUGCCUCUCAGGCUGCCCACUGGCUGAGAGGAACCAGGGCCGAGUGAAAGCUGAGCUGUCGGACACCGAGGCCUCUGCACGCAAGAGGAACCUCAUUGGCUUCACCCCCAGGAAGAAAUCCCGACACCACGGCCGGAUUGGGCGCCCUCCAAAGUACCGGAAAAUCCAGCAGGACGAUUUCCCGGCUUUGCCCCCCGACAACAUGCACCAAUCCUUCUUCAUGUCGGCCUUGCCAGCUCACCCGGGUCGUUCUUUGUCCACAUGCUGGGAGCAACACUGCAAACUUCUGCCGGGGAUAGCAAGUGUCAAUGCAGCAUCGGUGACCAAAUGGACCAUCGAGGAGGUCUUCAGCUUUGUCCAGAUUCUGACGGGUUGUGAUGAACAAGCCAAACUCUUCAGAGAUGAGAAGAUUGAUGGCGAGGCCUUCCUUUUGCUGACCCAGGCGGACAUCGUGAAGAUCAUGUGUAUCAAGCUGGGCCCAGCCCUGAAGAUCUAUAAUGCCAUCCUCAUGUUCAGAAAUGCCGACGAUACCUUAAAGUGACUGUUUUCCUGGGUCAGGACUCCCAGUCAUCGGGGUCCUCCCCUUCCUGCUGACAUCUUCUUCUGGCCCCAGCUCCCCAAACCUACAACCCUAUCCUCUCUCUGUCUUGCCUCUCCCUUUUGGGAGUCUCGUCUAUUUCCAUCCCAGGUUUGGUCUCCAUGUUUCUGGGGUUGGUCCUUAGGGAGUGGGAGUGAAGGGACUUUGGAGAAAAUGCAGUCCCCAACUCCAGAAGCCGAGUUUUCUCCUGAGGUUCCUCGCAAAGGCAGAGCAUGGACUGGAGAUAGGCCUUCCUUCCAAGCUAGCCCAAUAUCUUGGGUCCAGCUCUGUGCCCACACAUUCUAAAGUUGUUGUGGGCGUUAUUGGGUGCUGGGGGAGGUAGGGACAGGACUUUUGAUCAGGGAAUACCUGGAAUGGCUGUAAUCACAUGGUCCCUCAAAUCUCCUCAAUAACUCUCCCUGGGACUUUCUUUUUUGGCAACUGGACUUUUUCAGAGCAGUCAAGAGCAACUUUUCAAAAGCUUUAAAAGCUUGGCAGAAUGGGAAGCAUCCAAGAGGAAGCAUCUUCUUCUGACAUAAUUUUUCUGAAGUCUUCACCCACUUUUCUCUCCUUGUCAGAUUUCCUAUUCUAUUCAGUUGGCCCACCCAUUUACUACAGCUUCCCUCUUCUCCUUCAGCCUUAGCAAAGGCCUCAGCUCCUUUUCUGUCACUGGUGACCCUGCCUGACCACAGGCCUGGCUCCCUGGGCUAGGCCAUCUCUGCUGGUAGAGCCCACCCAGGCCUGACCCAACUCCUCUUUUUUCCCCUCUGAUAUUCUAAUCCACAGGGAGAUUUGUUUUUAGAGGAUCUGUGGCAAAUCCCUCAUUGCCUUCCUCCCCAUUGCUGAGGAGGUCAGAAUUUGAGCCAAGAUGCCUUUUUUGAACAUGCCUUGAGUACCAACCCUGGGCUAUGUGAUGUUCCAAAUUCCAGUGCCAAGGUCCCAGCCCCAGGGUUUGGGAGACAGUCUAAGGUCUCUUUCAAGGCAAACAAAGGUUUAGAUAAUUUUUUUAGACCACUCCUUUGCUUUUCCAACAUGCUCUCUUCUCAUUGGCUAAAGUUCCCACCAUCCCACCACCCCCAAGCAAAGGAGCUUGGGAGUGACUGCUAGUGAGAGAGAGGUUGGCCUAGCUCUUGCAGGACAAUCUCUACCAAAUCCCUGAGCAGCUCGUGGGGCCAGGGGAAGGGUCAGGUUCCCAUUUCUGCAAUCGCUGCCCCUCCCUGCCCCCCAAGGAUGGGGAUGGGCACUCUCAUCAUGUAACACCAGCAACCUGUCUUCACUGCUACAUGUCUACAAUCCACUUUGGUGUGUGGGUCAAACUCAUGCUAGGCUUCCCAUGGAAAUGUCGCAUUUUGACUCUUUACUACUGAAUAUGUGGGGUCACUUCUGACCUGUCAUUUACAUAUUUGCUGCUUGCUCUUCAUGAGAAAUUUUUAAAAAGAAGAGAUGUUGGGGGUGGGGGGAGGCUGUGAGUGUGUGUGUAUGGGGGCGCAUGUAGGCAAACUUUUCUAUCUUUUUUAAUGAGUUCUCUGGCAUCUGUCCCUUCCUCAUAACUGUCCUUCCUCUCUGCCACUGCCAAACUGUUUCCUACAAGGGUGGGGACUCCUGGGAACCUAGCCCUUCUCUGCUUCGGGGUGAGGGAGUGGGGAGAGGAGAGGGACCCCUGGCCCUGAGCAGUCACUGCCAAACCUGCCCUUUGACCCAGAUGGCACCAACCCUUUUCCUGAGAAGGGGACUAGGCUGGAAUGGUGGGAUUCCUUUGAUUCCGGCCUUACCGGUGAGGAAUUUUGAGAAUGUGGGCAAAAAAGACUCUCUUGGGUCCAGAUCCUUACUAUGAGCCCUCCUUGUGGUCCCCAUCCUGAGUACUUCAGUGACUCGGAGCUCUUUGCCAAGGGAAACAGACCCCUGACCAGAGGAAGCCCUGUAUCUACCUACCUUGUACUAGAUGGGGAGGGCAGGGGGAGGACACCAUUUUUUCACCUUCUUCUGGGGGCCCACAGAGUCAGCCUCCAAGGAGAACAAAGGCAAACCCAAGACCAUAAAGUAUAUAUCUGUCCAUAGAGCACCAGCCUUGGCCCUGCUGGGGUUACAGGCUACCGUCCAGAACCAGUGGCUCAGUGGGAAGGGGCCCAAGGGCUGGGCUUCAGGUAGGACGAUUACCUGCCCCACACAAGCUACCCCAGCCCCAAUCUAAGCAGACCAGCUCUGCUCUGGCCCCUGGAUCUGCUCAGGCUCUGCCCUUUAAACAUGUUGAAUGUGUCGUUGUAGAGGGGAGUAAAGCCUGGAUGAAGUGGACCAGGGGGAGAGUGGAUGUAGCUGUCUGUGUGUUGUGAGCAUGUUGGGGGUGGGGGGUGGGGAGAGGGGAUCAUGUGUGUAAGGGAAAUAUAUGAGUGGAUGAAAUUGUGUAUAAUGUGAACAUGGGAGAGAUGGGGAUAUGAUCUGGGGGUGUGAUAUCUCUGUGUAGGGGACCCAUAUACAGUAUCUGUGAAGUCAUGUCUAUCUGCAUGGUGUGACCACAUUAGCUGAAAUGUGACCGGUAGUUGAGCGUUCCCUGUGUGCGUGUGUAUACAUGUAUGUAUGUGGAUGGAGAGGUAAAUGAGUAUGGAAAGCACCUGUGAGAGCAAUGUUAUCUGUAUAUAGUAUGAGUGUGAGUGUGGCCUUUGUAGGCAUGUGAAAUGUGUGUGAUAAGAUUGACACAGGGUUGUAUGGCUAUAUGUAAUAUGAAGAAUACGAGGACGUAUGUAUUGUGAAAAUGGAUAACAUGUGGGGAGGGGAAAGGAGGGUGAUAUGGAGGGGUACGUGAGCCUAUGGGUAGGAAUUUCGGAGAGUUUAUUUUGUGGAGGUGGAGAGGGUGUUGUGUCUGUGUGUGGUAUGGAAGAGAAGCUAGUAUAAACACAGUGAGAGAGGUAUGUGAGUGUGUGGGUGUUAUGUGUGAGGGGAUAUUGUGGUUAAGUGUGUGAUAUGGAAAAGAUGCUACGAGCAUGUGGAGCUGGGGGACGUCUUCGGGUGUAAGGAGCCCUGACCAUAGGUGCUGACCUGAAAGGCCAUUUGCCCAGGACAAGGUCAGGACUUAGGGAGAAAGUUAAGGGCUAUUACAAUUUGAAUUUUUUUUUCUUUCAAAACAAAACAAAGACAAACCCAAAGCAUUGCCCAUUCCCACCCCCUCACCCCACCAAGGUGGAGCCAUGCUAGGGUUCGCUUGAAGCUGGGGAAGCUGAAAUGAGAGGCCCUUGGGCCCUCAGUCUGCAAGUUGCAGAGAGCCAAGCAGAAGCAGAAGGACAUUCUUGUGGAUGCAUAGGGUGGAGGGUUGGGAAUGGGACCUCUGGAGUCACAGAGGAGCCUUUCUUGGGGAAGAGAGGAGGGGGUCCUUGGGCAAAUGGGGCAGGUCCUAGGGAACUGUGGGAAAGGGUAUCCUGGUGCCACCUGCAUCACUCCCUCAGAAGGAUGAGAACUUGCUGUUGUCUUUGUCUAUGGUGCUACAGCGACUACUGCUUAUCCUGACCAGGGACUCUAAAGCCAAAGGCAUUUUGGGAUGGGGUGAGGGGGGCUGGAAAACGAGCUGCAACAGCUUGCCCAGAGUGACUUGGGACUUACAGGACCUGGCAGGAGCCCCCACUUCUGGGGUUUCCUCUUUGGUGGUGAAGCUCUUCCCCAGCUGAUGAGGCAGCUUGGUGCCUUGGUGGGGGAGGGUAUCUCGUUUCGUCACUGUCCUGCCUGCUCUCCACUCCCCCCCCCCCACUUCUCUGAGUUCGGCUGUCUGGGGCUUGUGCCAGCUGAAUCACUCAUACCCCAUUACCUCUGCAUUACUGCUCCAAAGUGAAGAGAGACCUCAGAACCCAGCCCUGGAAGACGGGUGACUCAUUCCAAAAGGGCAUGGCUCUAAAGUCCUUUGGGGUGAUGGGGCUGAGUUUUGUCAAGGCCACGCUGGGGCAAAGAGGGCAAGCAGGCUGACUGACCCUCCUGUAAUCUGGUUCUUGGGCCUGGCAUUAUUUUUUCUAGUCAUGACUCUGUUAAAUGGAGAGAAAUGCUCUUUCACCCCCUGCCUUGAGGCAAAAUGACUGGUGCUAGGUUAGCCUCUCCAGGAACCCUAGGUGAGGUGCUAGGACGGUAUUUGUUUCCACUGAGGGAUGAAUCUGCCAGCAAAGACUUGUGUAGUUUGGUUGUGGAGAAAGUAAGAGGAGCCAGGGACUCUUGGAGGAAGAGGCCCUCACCUCUCCAAACCUGGAAGCAUCCAUACUUCCUGCAUCAAUGUCAAGCACUUUGGAGUGGAAGAAAAAUCACAGAAGAAGAGAAAAUUCAGCCAUUGCCUUCUACCCCUCCAGGAUGAAAUCUUUGCACUUGGAUGUGGGGGAGGCAAUGGAGGCUGUUUCUGGCCUAACUUCUUUUACCCCUCUCCUCACAUCCCCCCACCCCCAC